AUGAACCGCCCGGGGGUUCCGCUCCGCCGAGGAGGCGGCCCUCCGCCCCUGCCCGCAGCGGGGCUCGGUGGGCGGCCCAGGGCCCACGCGGAAGGACGCGACCGCAGCCGGGCGCCGAGGCCUCCACCAGGGCGCAGACCGCCCAGCGAGCGGAAGUCCAGGCCGCGUCCAACCCGGCGUCCGGGGGAGGGGGAGGGCCGGCCCAGAGCUGGGGGGUGGGGGGAGAGCGCGCGCGAGAGCCGGAGACAGCGCGAGACCCGCGGCGGCCGGAAGCGCGCGUGCGCGCCCCCGCCCGCGAGCGGGGAGGCGGAGCCGCAGCACUCGCGGCCCAGCCGCCGAGGCAGCAGCGGCGGCAGCAAGAGGCGGCGGAGGGAUCACGCACCUGACGGGCCCGCCUCGCGGGGCUCCAGCGAGGGACGCUCGCCAGCCGCCGCCGCCGCCGAUCGGGACGCGCCUGGCGGUGGCGGCGGGAAGGGAGGGACCGGCGCCGGGGAACGGAACGCGGAUCGCCCCCCUCCCCUUCCUCCCUCCCUCCUCCGCUCCGCCGCCCGCCCUCUCGGCUUCCGUCCCCUCCCCCUCCCGCAAAGGCCCGGAUGGAGCCGCCGACUCGCCGCCGCCUGGCUCCGGGGGAUGGUUUUGUCAGGCGGCCAGAGCCCCGGCGCCAGGCGCUGCCGCCGCCGCCGCCCCCGCGGGGCGCCCCUGCCCUCGCUGCCCAGAACCGGGGUCCCGAGCGGCCCGGGCCCUUUGCCUGCCUUCACCCGGACCCCGGCGCGGGGGUCAUUCGUCCUCUUUGUUGCCACCGCCGCCGCUGCCGGAACCGUUUGCGAGCUCCGGCGGCCCCCGCCCCCCUGCGCCCUCCGGGAGCCCGGGCCGGGGGCGGCACGUGGGCACCGGCCCUGGGAGGCGGAGGCGGUGCGCGCUUACCUGUCGCCGGUGCGGCCGCGGCCGGGUGUGGAGGCGACGCCGCAGGCAGCCCCCGGCCGUGCUCGCCUCGCCGCCGCCCCUGCUGCUGCUGCUGCUGCUGCUGCCGCCGCGGUCGGUGUCUCCGGCGCGGCGGCGGCGGCGGCGGGGCUUUUCCUGUCCGGUUACGUUAAGCCCGGCCGCUCCCAGCCGCGCCGCGCCAGCCAAACUUCUGCAGACCAUGUGCGGCCGCGGAGCAACUCCGCCGCCUGCGGGGCCUGCGGGGCCGCCGUGGUUCGGCCCGAGCGUGCGGGGGACAGCCCGUGCGCAGGCUCGGGGGCAGCGGGUCCCCUUCCCCUGGGUGACAUCUGCGGACCCUCAGGCCCUUGA